AUGUAUUACAAUAUCUUGCCUCAUGACAACAUCAACAAACUCUUUGCGCACAACCAUCACCGAAAAGUCCUCGUUUCGAAUCAGACAUCUCACACGACCCGCCAAAGGCCAGCGAACAACCACAGGUGGACUGGAGGUCUCUCAAGCUCAGGGACAAGAGGUUCGAGCAUGCUCAUGGCGAUCUCUGCCGCGCUAACGAGCAUCUGCAGGAACUACAAGGACCUGCCCAACCACCAGGCAGCUUUUGCCAGUCAGGACCCGCAGGCGUUCAGCGAAGCAGCUCUCGGCGUGUUGAAGAACAUCGUCGAGCAGAAGGCAGUCUUCUACGUUCUCAUCGUGCUGGACGACAUGCUGCGAGUAAGAAUCUGGACGUCCUCUACUUGUGUCCUGAUACUGCUAGGUCAUAGCUGCUUCCUCCACACCAAAUUCCAACCAUACAUCGUCAUGUCCAACGUGCUCGAGAGGUCUCGUGGCCUUGCUAGAAGCAUAUCGGGAGGCCAGAAAAAUGGGCGGGGAGCGGGGGAUGAGGAUAUGAUACCUGCCAAGGCGUGUUUCAUUCUCUGUCAUCUCCUAAACGCUGGCCUGGCGCCGAACGAGCUUGCUGUAAAGAAGGAGGACGUGAACUUCCUCAAGAACGAGCUAGCGGCGAACGAAGUCUCCUCCUCCACCUUCGACGAGUACUGCAAGGAAGUCCUGAGCUCCAAGCUCGACUGGACCCCCCGGCACAAGAGCGCAGCUUUCUGGGAGCAGAACACGCACAGGUUUCUCGAGAAGGACGGCUUCAUUAUCAAGGAGCUUGUCAACAUCCUCGGUCGCUCCGACGCCUCCUCACGCGAGCUCGCCGUCGCCAUCCACGACGUGUCGGAGCUGCUGGGCCGGAGCUCAGCGACCAGGAGCAAGGUGAUGGAGACAGACGCCAAGGAGCUCCUCAUGCUACACUUGCUCGCCGAGGACGAGGAGGUCAAGACUCAGGCUCUGCAGUGCGUGCAGCGGCUGAUGCUGCUGGGGUAG